AUGCGUUUCUGCACUGCCGCAGCGGUCGCUCUCGCAGCGGCGCCCGCCGUUGUUUCCGCCGCAAAAGGCACCAUGGGCUUUGCGCUCGGCACAAAAGAAGCCAACGGCGACUGCAAGACGCAGAGUGACUACGAGGCCGACUUCGACGCCAUCAAGGAGGCGUCCGGCGCGACGAUUGUGCGUGGAUACGCGGCGGCCGACUGCAACAUGACGAAGGCGAUCCUGCCUGCAGCCGAGAAGAAGGGCUUCAAGGUCGUGCUCGGAAUCUGGCCCGACGUUGAAGAGUCCUUUAACAACGACCUCAACGCCAUCACCGCCGUCGCAGACAAGUACAAGGACACCAUCUACGCCGUGACCGUCGGCUCCGAGACGCUGUACCGCGGCAACUUCACAGGCUCGGAGCUCAAGGCCAAAAUAGACACAGUAAAAAGCAAGCUUCCGGAUAACAUCAAGAUCGGCACUGCGGACUCGUGGAACAAAUUCUUCGAUGGCACCGCCGAUGCGAUCCUGCCCUCUGUCGACAUCCUCAUGAUCAACGCGUUUGCGUUCUGGCAGGGCGCGGGCGGCGAUAACGCUACCCACGUGUACCUCAACGACAUGUUCCAGGCCAUCAGCCAUAUUGAGGAGAAGGUUGGCGGAAGUGACAAGAUCGAGAUCUGGAACGGCGAGACGGGGUGGCCUACUGCUGAUGGCACCGACUACGGCGCCGCCAAGGGCGGCCUCGACAACGCGAAGAACUUCUACCACACGGGCUUCUGCGCGCUGCUCGACUGGGGCUUCAACGCCUUCUUCUUCGAGGCUUUCGACGAGCCCUGGAAGCCGGCGUCUGUUGGUGAUAACGGCAAUGUCGCAGACGAGACGACCUGGGGCGCUAUGACGAGCGACCGCAAGACGAAGUACUCGCUCAAGUGCUAG